UCCGUCAGAUGAUCUCCGAACAUGGGAACUCCCAACUUCGUCAGAUGAUCUCCGAACAUGGGAACUCCCAACUUCGUCAGAUGAUCUCCGAACUUGGGAACUCCCAACUUUGUCAGAUGAUCUCCGAACAUGGGAACUCCCAACUUUGUCAGAUGAUUUCCGAACAUGGGAACUCCCAACUUCGUCAGAUGAUCUCAGAACAUAGAAACUCCCAACAUCGUCAGAUGAUCUCCGAACAUGGGAACUCCCAACUUUGUCAGAUGAUCUCCGAACAUGGGAACUCCCAACAUCGUCAGAUGAUCUCCGAACAUGGGAACUCCCAACUUUGUCAGAUGAUCUCCGAACAUGGGAACUCCCAACAUCGUCAGAUGAUCUCCGAACAUGGGAACUCCCAACUUCGUCAGAUGAUCUCCGAACAUGGGAACUCCCAACUUCGUCAGAUGAUCUCCGGAUAUGGGAACUUCCAACUUCGUCAGAUGAUCUCCGAACAUGGGAACUCCCAACUUCGUCAGAUGAUCUCCGAACAUGGGAACUCCCAACUUCCUCAGAUGAUCUCCGAACAUGGGAAUUCCCAACUUCGUCAGAUGAUCUCCGAACAUGGGAACUCCCAAAUUAGUCAGAUGAUCUCCAAACAUGGGAACUCCCAACUUCGUCAGAUGAUCUCCGAACAUAGGAACUCCCAACUUCGUCAGAUGAUCUCCGAACACGGGAACUCCCAACUUCGUCAGAUGAUCUCCGAACACGGGAACUCCCAACUUAGUCAGAUGAUCUCCGAACACGGGAACUCCCAACUUUGUCAGAUGAUCUCCGAACAUGGGAACUCCCAACUUCGUCAGAUGAUCUCCGAACAUGGGAACUCCCAACUUCGUCAGAUGAUCUCCGAACAAGGGAACUCCCAACUUUGUCAGAUGAUCUCCGAACAUGGGAACUCCCAACUUCGUCAGAUGAUCUCCGAACACGGGAACUCCCAACUUUGUCAGAUGAUCUCCGAACACGGGAACUCCCAACUUCGUCAGAUGAUCUCAGAACAUGGGAACUCCCAACUUCGUCAGAUGAUCUCAGAACAUGGGAACUCCCAACUUCGUCAGAUGAUCUCCGAACAUGGGAACUCCCAACUCAAGACUAUCUCAAACACGGAAAGAAGACUACUAAAGUCGGUCUGAUUUGCUGAAUUAGUUAGUGUGCCCCGCCAGUGAUUAGUCAGUGUGCAGGGAAAGCUCUAGGUUUAAUUUUAGGCUUCUUGUGUGUUCUUAUUACCAAGGAAAGGCCACAAUGUAUAUUAUUUUCGAUGUUUACAGAGAUAUCCACGACAUGGACAGGUGACGCGUUUCUCUCAAGCUUUGAGAUAUACACAGUAUAUAUAUAUAUAUAAUAGGAGACGUAUAUAUAUAUACUCUCAGAUGAUACGGUGGGGGUUUUAUUAUAUGGUGUUCACAACGACAGUAAAGCUUUUUAUUUUAGAAAUCUCUCUGUAGGAAGAAUCCCCCCUCUGCCUCCUCGGGUGAGUCUGUGUUUGGAUGAAGAUGGAAGUCUUUGUGCAUGUAUGUGGGUACCAGUAUGGGUCUCGGCCUGUGCACAUGUGCGUGUAUAUAUGUGCCCUCACACACACAUAUAUAUAUAUACAGAGCCAGGCACAUGGGCAGUUUUUCUAAGCUGUUGUACAUAUGAAUACUCACAUAGAUGUGUUGCUCCUCCCCCCUCCCACUUCUUCCUCCAGCCCCCCCCCCCCCCCCCCGGCAACUUUUCAGCUUUUUUUACCAUUCGCCAUGACUUUUGAACGUGGGUUUUGUGACACGAGGAAAAGGGACGCCACGGGUUCGAGGGGAAGUUUUGUGACACAGGGGGACACCUGGGGUCAGUAUUUAUAGAAUGUAUUUAUACUGUAUCACAGGAGAGUAGAAAAAACGUAUUCCAAAUAAAUAAAAACUCAUAUUUUUA